AUGUUUCAUGGAGGCAGCAAUUUCGGUUUCUGGAACGGUGGCCCCAGUGCCUCUAACGCGGCCAUUAUCACAAGCUACGACUACGACGCGCCUAUUUCUGAAGCAGGUGACCUGACGCCGAAAUACAUGAAGAUUCGGGAACUACUUUUUAAGGUUUUUCUUGCUGUCUAUCUACCUUUUGCGGAAAGAAACACCGCCCCCGCUUCCGACAAAUAUAACGAAAAAGGCCUAUGGAACGGUUUCGGUCAAACCGGCAAUGCGACAGUAAUUGGUGAUUUGGCAGUUAUGAAGGAGGAGAAUGCCGAUCAACUUCCAUUUCCUGGCAGCGAGACGUAA